ACGGCCACUCGCCUCAUCCAGCGGCUGCGCAACUUCCUAGCGGGGCGCGACCUCCAGGCCAAGCUGGCGCUGCGCUACACCGAGAUCUCCAAGAGAUCCCAGCCGCCGCCUCGGCUCCCGUUGGGUCCCAGCCACAGACUGGCAGACAACUACUACUGCACCCGUGACGGGCGCAGGGAGGCUUUUCCCCCCGUCAUCAUCGUUUCGGCACAGAAAACCCUCCCUGCUGGGGCACAGGCUGCCAGUUCAGGGUCUGCGGUGACAACAGCAGAAAAAAAGCCAGUGACACCAGGGCCACCACUCAAGAAGUGGGAGAUUUCAAAAGACCAGCCGUAUUUGUGAGAA